ACAAAUGUAACUGUAUGGUGGUGUUGAACUGAACGAACUUGGGAAAAAUAGUGUGUAUGUAGAAGUGGUUCUAUCGUCGGUGCUGCCCCAAAGCUGCUUGGUGGGUGGGCAGGGAGGUGGUGGAAGGAGGCGUGGCAGGCCCAGCAGCACCCCCCUGCUGUGCUCUUUUGGUGUUGGCUGUACGCAUGGGUCUUUGUGUACUUCACUGGUAUAUUAAUGUUAAACACUUAGCUUAACUGUCUCUUGUGGUUCUCGUUCGCUGAUCUUGUAAGCUUAGUGUGGAAGAGAAGUUGUAUAAAUGUCAGGUCCGUCUCUUAAAUGAAAAAAUGAUAAAGAGCUGUUGUAGGUGUUAGUGCUUUUCUGUUCAGUGGAAGGAUGUUUUAGCAUCUUCCCUGAGGGCUGAUUGGACCAGAGCGGCUAGGGAUUUGAUUUCCUAGAGGCAAGCAGGAGCUACAAGGGUGACAUCUCUAGAAGUCACAGUGUGUUCUGCCUAUUCCUCCUUCUGCGUAAACCCUGGCCAUGUAACAGUAGCGUACGGAGUUCAGGUAACAACAGUUGUGUCGGUGUUGAGCAGUGAAGUCUUGAUCUUGAUCUAACUGUCAUAAAGACUAAGUAUCCUUUAAAGAGUAUUUAACUCUUCAGUACUGAGCUCUCUUACUAACUUGUUUCUUUUCUUUCCUACUCUCCCUCCUUACACAUUCUACUCCUUGCUGCUUGCCAUGAAAUUGCCACACCAUCAGGGAUGCGCUGUUGUUGAGUUCAAAAUGGAAGAGAGCAUGAAAAAGGCUGUGGAGGUUCUGAACAAGCACAGCCUCAGCGGGAGGCCCCUGAAGGUGAAGGAGGAUCCUGAUGGAGAACACGUCAGAAGAGCUGUGCAGAAGGCCAUGGCAGCGUCUGGUGGUGGGAUGGGGAUUGGGCCUGGGCCUGGCGGCCCUGGGAUGGUCAACAUCCCUCCCAGCAUCCUCAAUAACCCCAACAUUCCAAACGAGAUCAUCCACGCCCUGCAGGCCGGCAGGCUGGGGAGUACAGUCUUUGUGGCAAAUUUGGAUUACAAAGUUGGCUGGAAGAAACUAAAGGAAGUGUUCAGCAUGGCUGGUGUGGUUGUCCGUGCAGACAUCUUGGAAGACAAAGAUGGCAAGAGUCGUGGGAUCGGCACAGUGACAUUUGAGCAAGCCAUUGAAGCUGUUCAAGCUAUCUCCAUGUUCAACGGGCAGCUGCUGUUUGAUAGACCAAUGCAUGUCAAGAUGGAUGAACGAGCAUUGCCCAAAGGAGACUUUUUCCCUCCAGAACGGCCCCAGCAGCUUCCUCAUGGACUUGGGGGCAUCGGCAUGGGGCUGGGGCCAGGAGGGCUACCUAUUGAUGCAAACCACUUAAAUAAGGGGCUUGGCAUGGGCAACUUGGGGCCUGGAGGAAUGGGCAUCGAAGGUUUGGGCUUUGGAAUGAACAAAAUGGGAGGAAUGGAAGGCCCUUUCAGUGGCAUGGACAGCUUGGCCCGUUUCCCUUCUGGGAUGAACCUUGCCAGGAUGAGCGAAAUGGAUCGUGCAAUUGGAGGUAGCUUUGAAAGAGACUUCCCCAGAAAUGAAAUGGGAAUGCCUCGUAAUUUUGGAGACACCCUGGAAAGAGGAAUAGGUGGUGCUGGUGGAGCCAGUAUCCCUACAAUCGAUAGGAUGGCCCCUGGAAUUGAUCGUAUGGCCACAGGGAUGGAUAGGCUGCCCUCUGGGAUGGGACAUGGAAUGGAGAGAGUGGGGUCCGAGAUGGACAGGAUGGGGCUGGUGCUGGACCGCAUGGGCUCCAGUGUAGAUAGGAUGGGAUCUGGCAUUGACCGGAUGGCACCUCUUGGUAUUGACCACCUAGCAUCCAGCAUAGACCGGAUGGGCUCUGGGAUAGACAGGAUGGGCACAGGGAUGGAAAGAAUGGGUGCUGGCCUUGGCUUUGGCCUUGACCGGAUGGGGUCGGCUAUGGACCGUGUCGGUACCACCAUGGACAGGAUGGGCACUGGUGUAGACCGAAUGGGAACCAGCAUGGAUAGAAUGGGACUGGGCAUGGAGCGUAUGGUACCUGCCGGGAUGGGGCCCGUAUUAGAUAGGAUGCCAGCAGGGUUAGACCGCAUUGGGGCUGCCCCCAUUGACCGGAUGGGACUGGACCGUAUAGCGGCUUCCAAUAUGGACAGGAUGGGGCUAGACCGCAUGGGGGCUGCUGCCACGAGCAUGGAGAGAAUGGGGCCAGCCAUGGGGCAGGGUAUGGGUGCAGGGCUAGACAGGAUGGGGCUGGCCAUGGGCAACACCUUCGAGAGGACAAUGGAUAUGGACCGGGGAAACUUUGCCGCUGGAACCUUCACUGGAGCCCUUGGAACUGGAGGGCCUGCCACCGUUGCUGCUGCUCCCGGCGUGGCCAGGAAAGCUUGCCAGAUUUUUGUGAGAAAUCUUCCUUUUGACUUCACAUGGAAAAUGCUGAAAGACAAGUUCAAUGAAUGCGGUCAUGUCCUGUAUGCAGACAUCAAGAUGGAGAGCGGAAAGUCAAAAGGGUGUGGUGUGGUUCGGUUCGAGUCCCCUGAGAUCGCUGAGAGAGCCUGCCGCAUGAUGAAUGGGAUCCAGCUCCGUGGCAGAGAGAUUGAUGUGCGAAUUGAUAGGAAUGCUUAAGUUGACCUUUUUAAAUACAGAGGAAGUGUUGGGUUUGUACUUGUCUAAAACUUUUUUUUAAAUUGACCUGGAUGUAAAGAUGGAUUAAACAACUCAGUUGCUUUCUAGAGUAAUUUUAAUUCCUUUUUUUAAAAAAGGUGUUUUGCAUUGAAACUGUUUAAAAUGUACAAUCCUGUGUUUUUUUGUAGUGGUGUCAUCUUGUUGAAUUUAAAGAUGUAUACAAUAUGUCUGAUGAUAAAUUCCAGUUUUUGGCGGCUUUUUCUGUCCUCUAUCUACCCCUUGUUAGAAAAACUCGGGCGGGGUGGGGGCAGACUUCCCAAGAAAGCCAGCAAUGCUGAUAACUGUGUUCUCCUGUGGACAGUGGAUCCUUUGGAAAUUGCUCUGAAUGUCUGAACUUUUAAGUAUGCUGGGAAUGUAUGAGUAGUAUCUGAGUUGGACUGAAACCAUCUGUCUUGUAUUGGCUCUGUCACUAUUAAACCAUUUUCGUGUGGCUUGUA